AUCGUCGAGCCAGUGCGGCCGACUCUGGUGCCGCGGCUAGAUUACUUUGGUGCGCCUUCACGUAGUCGCGGCUUUAAACCGGAUGGGUGCGUGCGCGCGAGAUGAGAGUUUUCUUCGUCUCUUCUUUAAAAGAGUAGUGGUAGUAGUAGUACUUCGUCAACGUCGUAGUCGCACUAUCGUACACUUGUGUAAACGUUGAGACUUCUAUUUUAAUCAGACGUGAAAAUAUAUCGACGAAUGUUCUCUUCGUUUUAAUCGAAAAUUCAAGGAAUAAAAACAACAAAUAUUCACGUACGAAAGAGUGCAAUAACACAUUUUUUUACAUACGUACGUACGAGCUACACUGGAAUACAUAAAAGUGCUCAUAGAGACGCAUAUGUACGUGCGUUUUGGCUCCUGGCACAUAGGAUCGUGCAUAUAUAAUAAUAAAAAGACUAUUGUGCCCUUUCUUGGUCGGUCUUUCUCGACGCUUCGCGCGAUAUGUCGAUUGUUUAUAACUACCGAGAUUCGUCGUAGGGUUUCGUUUCUACGAAGCUCAGUGGGUGCGUGAUUGUGUGAAAUCGCGUUUCUCGCAUCGCACAGGAGCGAGAAAAAAAAUCGUUUCGUAUUCGAAACCGAAAUAUCUGUAUACGUCUCUAUGUAUAUAUAGAUUUGGUGUGCGCGCGCGCGUGUGUGUGUGUGUGUGUAUGCGUGCGUGCGUGCGUGCGUGUGUGUGUGCCUCUGUGAAUAUAUACAGUGAGAGUGUAGACGUCGCGACGACGACGGCCAUGGCUGGCCGUCGUGUGGGUGCGAACUGUGGUGAACCGGGUCGACGGGUGUGGUAGAAAGAAACGAGUGCGAGAAAGACACGUAUAAAUAUACGUCUAUGUAUGUACAUACAUGAAUAUAUACAUGUACAUGAGCGUACUGUAUAGAGAAAGAGAGAAAGAUAGAUUGUGAGAGCGAGGACGACAAGGAGGGAAGGAAGAGGGCACACGGGGCAGAAUGCGAAAGAGUUUGCCCAGCGUUCUCGCACUCGGAACACGGGCGCACACACGCACAAAACAACAAACAAAAAAGAGCGCAUGACGCGAGAGCCCGUUGUUUUAAAAAAGCUUGAGGAAACGACGAAAAAGGCGCCUCGUAUUAAGCUCUUUCGAUCGAGUGUCUCCACAUGCGAUGCGAUUAAUCGAAACAGCGAGGUAAUAAAAAGCAACGGAAACCCGGAGAAAAGCAGGUUUUUCAUCGCGGUGACGUAAACUUUGACCAUCGUCGGGGUCCCCCCCCGUGCGCUUUAAAGGCGCGAUUUCGUCCGAGCUUUAAAUACUCCUCUUCCAAAAACAACCCCAACCCCCUGACAACGGGAUUUACAGGGACUUGGGGAUCAAUGAAAUAUAGUGCUCGUAUCGACGAUAUUAUUUGGAAAUAGUGUUUUUGUGCUCCGCUGUGUCCGUACGAGAGGUUCGCCUCUCGUUGUGUACGGUUCGUGUACCAUCGCAUCGGCGUUGCACAAGAUAUUCGGCGGACGGCUCUGGCAUCUCCGUCUUUUUAUCGAGAAAAGAGAUCACAGUGGUUUUAAACGGGCCACCGCCAAAGCCCGAAAUGUGGGCCUCGAGUGAGCGGUCAUCAUCGCGGUAGAGACCGCGAGCAAGUUGGAAAGUCGAAAGAUCGGGGGGAUACGUACACAUGCACGAGUGUAUUCUUACGCUCUCGUAUACGCGGCUGUCUCUACAUGUGGACUAAAAGUUGUUCGUGCUCGAACUUGGUCCGAGUGAAAGCAGCGUUGCUCCGGUGCUUGUAACCGCGUGGUUUUGCGUUUCACAUCCUUCGCGUAUACACACACACACACACACGCGCGUACACAUACGUACGUACGCACGAGAGAACGAGUCAAAGAGAAACGAGAAGAGGAACGGAGACGAAAAGAUAAAAAAGCCCAAACGCCUUCGUAAUAGAGGAGCACCAGAGACGAGACGUUGAAGUUGGCUCGCCGCGAUUCGUCCUCCUGGCCGGGGAAUCUUAACCCGGAGGAGGAUGAAAGCGCCGAGAGGACAGCGGCAUCGGGCAGUCGGCUCGUAAAAGCCCUCUUUUCUCUCUCUCUCUCUUCCUACCUCCCUCCCUCCCGCCCUUCCUUCCCGCACCUUUUUUCCCCUCUUCGAAAUACCCGCUCCCCGGGACGUCCCAACUAAGAACAAUUCACUUCGCUCUUCUCUACACGGACAUAUAUACAUGUGCGUCUGUGUGCGUGUUUGUGUAUUAUACUCGGACUCAGUUGCGUGACGUUUUACAAAAAAGGACAAUAAUAUAAUAAUAAUAAUAAUAAUAAUAAAUAACGCGAGGAAACGCGCGGCGAAAGACAGUGCCAUUCGCUACUCAUCGCCACAAAACUCAUCUUCGCACUACGCCAAUAUCGUUAUAGUGGGAGAAACAUGACUCCGUCGUAUUUCCGGUGAAAACAUGCUUUUUGUUUGUUUGGUGAUUUGUUGGUGAUAUUUCCUUUAUUUUCGUAGAAUUGAGAUUCAAAUUUGUUCUUCUUUAUUUUAUCGUAAAUACACACUUAUACACGCUUAUAUAUUGUUUAUAUAUAAAUAAAAUGCAAGUUGCUACGUUGUUCAGGGAGAGCGCCACCCUCCUCGGCGCCUCCACUCUCGACCCCCCGCAAACUCAUCAUCAAACCCUACAACAACAUCAACAACAGCAGCAACACUUGCAUCAACAGAUGCAACAGCAACAGCAACAACAGUCCGACGAUCUACAUCUCGCGCAUCAUAUGCAACAUCACUAUAAAAUGUCUUACCCGUCCCCGGUUCACAAUGGUGUACACAAUGGAUCGUCGAUGAGUUGCUCGUCACAAGGAGUGAUGGUGAAACAGGAAGCGAGGGACGACGGUUAUGAGACGAGUCCAGAUCCGGAAAUGCGGAGCAACGGUGGUGACAGUAGUCAGCAAUAUCAUACGCCGUUAACGCCGCACACGCCUCAUACACCACACACGCCUCUAACGCCGAUUUCGGCGACGUCCCAUCAGCCCCAACUGCCCGGCUCGAACGCCGCGACCCUCGGGCAGGUUUCGAUAAAAUGCGAAACUCCCGUGGAUCCGUACUCUUUCGUCGACGAGGAAAUGUCGAUGAGCGGGGGUAUGAGAACGGCGAGCAGUCCGGGUGACAAUAAUCACGAAAACAUGACGUGUCCCGGUGGAGCCCAAUCGGGAAUCGUUACACCAACUUCACCCUCGCCAGGCCCAAUGGCGACUCAGCAUCAUCUCAAUCUCGCCGCGAUGAAUGGCAUCAAUCCACUCCAACUGCCACAUCAGCCGAAAAAACGAGGUCGCAAGAAAAAAUCCGAAAUGAUACUCACGCCGGAAGAAGCCGAACUUGCCGAGGCGAAAAAACGAGCAAAAACGUACAAGGAGAGGAAGAAGCACGAUAGAUUCGACGGUAUGCCGGAGGAGGAAGUCAGCAAGAGAGUUCUUCCCGAUCACCUUACCAGCAAUCUUGACAUUAUUAUUAUCGGCAUCAACCCUGGAUUAUUCGCGGCGUACAAAGGCCAUCACUACGCAGGACCCGGCAACCAUUUCUGGAAAUGUUUACAUCUGAGCGGACUUACCCCCGAACCUCUGACCGCCGACGACGAUUACAAACUCCUUCGUCUCGGCAUCGGUUUCACCAACAUGGUCGCUCGGGCCACUAAAGGCAGUGCCGAUCUCACGAGGAAGGAAAUCAAGGAAGGAAGCCACAUAUUAUUGGAAAAAUUACGAAAGUACAAACCGAAAAUUGCGGUUUUCAAUGGAAAAUUGAUUUACGAAGUAUUUUCGGGAAAGAAGGAAUUUGGAUUUGGGAGACAACCAACGCUCGUCGAUGGAACUAAUACGCACAUGUGGGUGAUGCCAUCGAGCAGCGCGAGAUGCGCCCAAUUGCCGCGUGCAGCAGACAAAGUUCCGUAUUACGCGGCACUGAAAAAGUUUCGGGAUUAUUUGAACGGAACAAUAGCUCAUCUGGACGAGUCGGACAUAGUGUUCGCGGACACGAAAUUGAAGAAGAAAGAUGUAUUGGAUUCGUCCGACGAGAAAAAGUCGUUAUUCGGUGACGACGUUGGAGUAGACGGUGACAGUACGAUGACGGAUUUGAGUAGUACAACGAUAAAGCAAGAGGGCGGUCUUUUGAUUCCGGGUAAGAAGAAACGUGGAAGGCCGAAGAAGAUUAAGAAUCCGGACGACGUGCCGCAGCCGGAAAUGGAGAAAAUGGACGCGAACGGUGAAAUAAUAAAGAAGCGUCGAGGUCGUCCGAAGAAGAUACACCAGCAGGCAAAGAUGAUGGAGCGUGAAGAGCGGGAGCGAGAGCAGCAGCAACAGCAGCAAGUGCAACAGCAGCAGCAGCAGCAGCAGCAACAUCCUCACAAUUCGCAACAUUUACAAUCGCAGCACGGUCAACAGCAGCAGCAGCAGCAACAUCCGGAAAUGAGUCACAUGAGUGAGGCAUACGGGAAUUCGACGUUGCCUCAUUGUUUUUCACCGCCGUUGAUGUCACCGCCAAAGCCUUUUCCCCACAUGGCACCGUAUCCUCAGUCGUUGAGCGACGGUAACAAUUUUUUCGGCCAGUCGAUAAACGACAGUCCGUACAACAUGAGCUCGAAACACAGUCCGGUGCACAUGCAGCACUACAGCCAAAGUCCAAAAUCAAUGUCACUCUCGUUCACCCAUUCGGAAUUAUCCUCCGAGAUAAACACGGGUAUAUCCUCGGAAAACAAUCUCGAGCCGUCACCGUUGACGUCACCGAGCGUCGAGCAUCCGGAUUUCGAGCCACCAACCAGUAUUUCCCAGCAGCAGCAGCAGCAGCAGCAUCAGAGUCACAACAGCAACGAGCAUAGGCAGUACAACAAUUCGGGGACUCCGGAGACGUCGGGGCACCAUAGUAAUCCUGGUACGCCGUCGCACACCGGGUACCCGAGUUACAUGAGUUUUCACGAGCAGCAGAGUCAGCAGCAGCAACAACAGCAAGCGGAGAAUCGUCAUCCUCAUCAAACGAGCCCGAGCGAAGAGCAUCAUUCGCAACAAACCCCUCCGCACGGUCACACGACGACUCAGCACUCCUCGAUGUCGCCCCAUCCCCAUCAGCAGCAGCAUCACCAUCAUCAUCAUCACCACCAUCCCCACGAACAAUACGGAAUGAAAAGGAAUUCGUCCCAAGACGUAGCCUCCAAAAGUCUGAGCGAUCUCGAGUCGUUGGUCGAUCAAAUACCGAGUAUCGCCGACGGUGGAAACCAGCGGCUCCAGCACGCCCACUCCGCGCUCGGUGAGGAUGCCCUAGGCGAUAAAAUCGAUUCGCAUCACCAUCAAUCCUACUUGUCCGGUUUCCCAAGCGUCAGUAUCGCCAAUUAUAGUCCACCGUUGGGACCGGGACCGGGUUUGUAUCCAGGCUCCCUUCAUUACGGUGAUAAUUAUGGUUCGAUUUACGGUAUGAACGGACGACACCACGCGACGCAGCACGAACAGCAGCAGCAGCAGCAGCAACAACAACAACAACAACAGCAGCAGCAGCAGCAGCAGCAACAGGCCCAACAGCAGCAGCAGCAGCAGCAGCAACAACAACAGCAACAGCAGCAGCAACAACAACACAGCAAAUCUUACACCGUUGAAAAUCUCGCGUCCAGCAAUUACACCCCCAGCAUUAAUCACGGACAAACGAGCAACGCUUAUUCCAAUAUCAUACCCGGACCCCAUUAUCCCGUUUCCAUGGGCUCGACCAACGGAUACCUCUUCGGAGGCCUCGAAACGAGCCUCAUGCAACGUACCUACGGCAUGGGCGGCAUCGGUCCCAUGGGCGGGAUGCAUCCCUCCCUCGGACACAUGCCUAAUCCGUAUCCUUACAACGCCACCUACUCGAGCUCUUUCGACGCGUAUCCAACUCCCCCUACGGGCAUACACGCACCCAGUGCUAACUAUCCCGGUUACCCAGGAGGUCACGGCGCACCCGGCAAUUCCACGCCACCCUCUUACCUCCAGUCCCAUCACAGACCAUCCGUCGAUCUCGCUUACGACGGCGUAUGAUAAUCAAUUUAAAUGAGAGGACUACCAAAGCCUCGUCACUCUAUAGGACUUUUCUUCUAGUUAUUUCCUCUUCUUCUUCUUCUUCUUCUUCUUCUUCUUCUUCUACUCUUUUAUCUACUUCUUUAUAAAAAUUGUUCUCAUUAUUCGAAAUUUUAUUCUUCAUUUUCUCUGUUUUUUUUUCUUCGUCGUCGUCGUUUCGAGCUUUGCUCUCGUUACCGUUGCAUCAUGUGCUACGGGCUUUUCACGCGUACGUCGCAACGAGGGACACAUAUUGAUGACUAACAUUUUUUACGUAUUUUUACACUAUACGCGAGAUUUGUUACCUCGUCGCGGGAAUACGACGCAAUUCGCAUCGGCCCUCGUGCCGGGACAUUGUGCUUUUUUCGACGACGCGCGUCUUCGUAUAUUCGUGUGUGCGCGAGUGUGUGUUGUCGUCGUGUGCGCGUGCAAGUGCGUCGUCCGAGUAUCGAUGACCGUCUCCACGGUGAACUCUCGUUCGGAACAAAACUUGGAAUAAAAUACAAGCCAAGACGUAUCUUUCUCGUAGAGUCGUCGCUCGAGAAUGCGAGUUUUUGCCCGACUUCGAAUUCUACUCCCUCGUUAGGCUUAAUCUAGUCUACGCCCGGAUCAAGGGCACUUCGGUGGUUCUGUCAAUGUACAAUCGUUUCUCUUCGUUUCCCUCUCAACUCUUGCUACCAAAUCAGCUCUCAUAUUUAUUUAACAACUGCAACAUUUCUAUCGUCAAAUAAUAUCCAGGUACGAAACUACGGAACAAACAUAUUUUUACGAUAUUCCAAAUUGUAAUAUGAUAAUGAAGAUUUUUUUCACGACGCGUUAUUACAUCGCCUUGCUCAAAAAAUAGAUUUAUUCUCGUAUCCGGUAAUCGCGCUCAACAUUUCCCCCUUUGGAAUAGUGAAAUUAGCACGAAUUACAAUAACGAUGAGGAGGGGACGAAAGUAACAAAUUGGGAAAUGGAAUCUAAUUGAACGAGAGGCGAGUAGUGGUGCUAACACGCUCCAAAGACUCAAGAAUUCGGGAACAUCCUCCGUUUAAUAAUAAUUCAUUAAUCCUUAAUACCGUAUAUCGUUUUUGCCAGAACUUUUAUUAGUAUUAUUAUCAUUGUUGUUGUUGUUGUUGUUGUUAUUGUUGAUGUUGCGCAUUGCCAGUUGAUCGGGCGCGCGACUAUAAUUGCGGAAGAAAUUGUGUUGAUCCGACGAAUAUUUAGUACUCUCUCAAUACACAAUCGUUUCUCUUUUCGUUCGAGUGUGUGUGUGUGUGCGUGCGUGUGUGUGUUUGUGUGUGUGUGUGUGCGCGUGUGUAUCACGGAGCGAAAUUGAUUACGAAAGAGGGAUAAAGAGGAUGAACAAGGUUAAUAUUUGUAUCUCCGCAACACAGAAAACACAGUUAUUUGUUUUUAUUAUACGUAAAUGGUACGAACCGGAGUAACGCGGCGUUACGUUUUUUUAAUACACCGUGCAUACGACAAUGUGCACUUUCGUGAUCGUUCUUUCGAGUCUUUUGGAACGAAAACAUUGGAAGAUUGCGAUUAAAUGAAAAAAGUACUACUCGCCUCCCCGUACGAUUCGUUCUCCGGAGGCUUCGGCAUACGGAAAUAUUUCAAGAGCAAGAGUGGCCGAAGUAAAUAGGAGGGAAAUGACAAAGAAAAUAUCUAUGUUUUGCUGCUUAUAUUUUGCACAGAGCCACUGAUAAUCGACGAACGUAAUUUUACGUAAAAAAGGGAUGCAUAUUUUUUCUUCUUCCCGUCUUGCCUUCCGAUCGCACCGGAAGCAAGUGAGCAAGGAAAUAAAAAACGGGAGUGAGAGGCUAUUGUCUUGUAAAUACUUAACUUCCUUCUCGAUCAGGCAAUUUUCUCUUCUCUUCUGUUCGUUCGAUAAUAAUACGGACUUGGAAACGCCCCGAAUUCGCCGAAUUGGCAAUUGACCCGAAUUAGACGAGAGAAAGUAAGGGACUAAGCGCAAGAGCGAGAGCGAGAGCGAGAGAGAGAGAGAGAGAGAAAGUGAGAGAUGACGAAUAAUUAUUAUUUUUCCUCUUUUCUUUCUUUUUCUCUUUUCGAUCCGUAGUUCAUAGAAAACGAGGAAAAAACAUCUUGUUGUAAAUCUUUACUGGCUCGUGUCAGCGGUUACCACGAUUCACUUAAUAUCGUGCACAAUUUCGCUUGGUACAACGCAAUGAAAGAAACCCGAGAGGAGAAUAACAAAACAAAAACAAAAUAAUAUCCGAGUGAAAAAAAAACGACCCGAUCUCGCUCGAGGAAAGAAAAAAAUGAAAACACUUCUCUCGACACAAUCCUUCAUCGAGCGUUGUUACAUCGUUGUCAUUUACCGUGAGUUCAUUAUCGGUGUUUCUUACACACACACACACACACGCGCGCGCGCGCGCGCAAACAAAAAUAAAAGUUCGAGUGAAAAAAAAGUACGACGAAAAUAAGCAAAAUGCAACAACAAACCGUGCCCCUAAAACUCAAAAUUAUUUCGCUCCAACUGCAAUUCUCAUCGACGAUAAAAAAACUCGUGAAAAACAUUGUUUGUCCUUGCAAUAUGUGAAGGAAAACAUGACACACACACACACACGCACACACACACACACACACACACACAGCCACGCGGACACGAACGAUACGAAUUUUUAUUGCUAAUUAAACGUUUAAGGGAAUUUAACGAAAAACAAAAGAGGAAUAGGAAAAAUAAUGAUAAAACAAAAAAACAAAAAAAAAAAAAAAGAAGAAGAAACCAAGUUACUAUAAGUACGUAGGGAGCGCGUUGCGUUAUGUUAUGCCAUAAUUAUAUUCUAUUACGUUUUCAAACUCGCUGAUAAGUCAUUGGGAUUUGUAAGAAUGAAUAAAUGUAAGAGAGACUGUGAAUAAAGUACACAAACGACUGUAUGUGACGCGUGUGACUGUGUGUGUGUGUGUGCGCGCGCGUGUUCGUGUGCCUGCGCGUGUUUCUCCGCUUUCGAUGACUGCUGCUCACUAGCGUUGCUAAUAAAUAUAAACUAUUGAACGAAGGAUUAAGAAAAGAUAAACAAACGGAAGAACGGCACUCGCGCACACGGGCAUGCGCGCAUGUACAAAAGAAAAUAAAACUUCUCAAGCUAAAGUAAUUGCUGUAAAAUUGACGCGUCGGUUUUAUUAUACAUAAACAUGGAAUAUAAAUAUAUAUAUAUAUAUAGAUAUUAUAUAUAUAUAUAUAUAUGAUAUGAUAAAACAAACAAACAAAAAUAUAUAUAUAUAUAUAUAAAUAUAAAUAUUAUAUUGAAUCUAGGUUUAAAGAGAGAGAGAGAGAGAGAGAGAGAGAGAGAAAGGAAAGAAGGAAGAAAAAGGAAAACGAAAUAUCGCGCGAAUUAACACUUCUCGAGUUAGAUUAUCCGCAUAGAAUAAUGCGUCGAGUAAAAUUGCGAGCCAGGAAGGAAAGAAUGAAAACGUAAUGAGUAAUGAGUAAUGAGGAGAGAAAGAAAGAGAGAGAUAAAAACAAACAAACAAACAAACGAAAAAAGCAGGAAAGCGUUUCGAAGAAGAUGCACAGGGUAUAGAUGAAGUCGUUAAUACAAUAACUGCUGUCUAUAUAUAUAUGUACACACAUAAGAAUAUCGUAGAUGUUUCUCUUUCGUUCUAUAUCGGCCUCAGUGGGGAAGAAAAACAAGUGAAUCAAUCGAACGAGCUAUUUAGCACAUGUUUUUUUUCUCCGGUCCAUUCCCCCGCCCCGCUCCCCCCCCCAACCGGCCCCCUCGCUCCUUCGAAAAAGAAAUAAAAAAAGCUUCUUCGAUUUGGAUACUUCGAAAGGUGGGAAGUCUUGGGACAAAAGAAAAAAAAAUGAAUAAUAUAAAAUAUAAAAUUAAACGAAAGAAGUGACAUUGAAAAUGAAUAUUAAAUCAUGGGACAAUGAUAUGUAAGAAAACGCAAGCGAGGGAUAAAAAGAUAUUAAGUGUCGUAAAUGUUAAUUAUUUCAGCGAGACAGCUCGAUCGGGUCAAACCGAUCGCUAUCCACACACACACACUACGAAAUAAUAAUAAAAAAAUUUGAAAAAAAAAAAAUACAAAAAAAAAACAUUGAUUGACUCAUCAUUGUUUUGGCGGCAAGAGCGAAUUUAUCGGCAGAAACACUGAUUGUAAAUUAAUAUAUAAUAAAAUCUGAAAAAAAUCACACUCAAAUAAUAAUAAUAAUAAUAAUAAUGAUAAGGAUAAUACGAAUAAUAAUGAUUAUGUACGUAAUUAUAUACAUGAUACAGAUAAAUGAAUCGCCGUUGCACACCACGCGUCCGACAUUAUCGAUAGCGUGCACGCGCGAAAGAGAGCUUAUCGACCAAUCCGGUCGCCAACAUAUUUUUUAAUCGCCCCCCAAACCAUUAUCGUUCUCAAUAUACUAAUUGUUCUACGUUCAAGGCAUCUUACCGUCGUUGGUCAUCCUCGUAAAAUUUCUUUUAGCGUUGAAUUCCGAGUCGAAAAAUUUUAUAUAAUUUUUUCAGUUAUUAAAAUUGACGUAACUGCUACGUUUGAGCGUGUAUAUAUCCUUUGAAAGAACUGUAGGUGAAGCAAAAACGGGAUCAGUAAAGCAUACAAUUCCAUAAAAAACAAAGUCAGCGCGACGAGGAUUCCUCGCCGUUCUUAUAUUUUAGGUUAGCCCUCUGAAGGCGGAUUCGAAGACGAAAACCCAUCGGCUUCUCGGGACUAACCUCUGUUAACGAUAAAAAACAAUCGCGUGGGUUUUUUCGCGGCAGAAAAUUUGUAGCUCAAUGCUCUACAAUUCAUCCUGUCCUUUAUGCUUUUUACUAUUUCAUAGCUUUGACGGUAUGCGCUGGAAUGCACGAAAUUCCGUUAACUUCAGUGAUUGAUGUAACUCUCGUCAACAAAGAAUUCGGUCGAAAAAAGUAUUGAAUUUUUUUACUUGGAAUUUGAUGCGGAUCUUAUUCGACGGGACGACCAUUGCGGUGCGAAGGAUCUAGUAUGUAUAUAUACAAAUGCACUUGCAAAAAUAUGUGACAUUCGACGAAAGCUCGACUUUUAUACGGCCCACGCAGUCGCGUUCGCUUAUUUUGGUUCGUCCGUUUCAGCUUAUAUAUUUUUUAUCGACAGUGUACCUAUACGUACGGUUUUAUUUGUGAUUAUUCAACGGCGCCAUUUUGUGUUUGUGUUUUUGAGAGACAUGCGGUGCGAUGAUGCAAAAAAAUCAUGUAUAUGUUGAAAUUUUUGUGUCACUUAAAUUUUUGCAAUGUAUAAAAGAAAAGCAUACAAAGAAACGUAAGGAUUCGUAUGAAUGAUAUAUAUAUAUAUAUUAUGGAUCAACUUGAAAAGGUCAAUCUCAAGGUCAAGCUUACAUCGAACGCCCCGUAUGAAAUCGUUCGAUCUACAUUAAACUUGUAACGAUGGGAUACUCCGCGGAACUCGCGAUAGUACGAUCGGAAUGUGUUUUGUAUAUCGAUAAAAAUGAAAGAAGGAGAAGGGAUGGAUCGUACAUGUACUUAAUUCGAAAAACGAUCAAAGGUGGAUCGGUUUCUGCCUCGCGUUACAACUCUACACAAAAAAAAACCAUUUUGAGAUGUUUGAGAGAAGGAAAGAAAAAGUAAAUACGAUGUGCAAUAA